AUGCUGAAUACUCACAAGCCAGCUCUCAACUCCAACAGCAUCAUGGCUUCCACCACUACCACUACGACCAAGGUCACUUCGCUGGACUCUCAGUCCGAUGGCCCGUCGGUGCCGAACCCUACACCAGCCACUGAGUCUGUAGGCAGUCCCUACGAGCCCGUCGACCCUCCUCCGGAGAUGGACUAUACCGCCGUCGCCAGGAUACUGGGCCCUAUCCAAGAGUCGCUCAACGAGGCCGCCCUGGAGGCCGCCUACCCAUCGCCACCCAUCAACACACCCAUCAUCGGUUCUCCAGCUCCGUCGGUUUCAUAUCGCUUCCCUGUGACACGCGGUCGCGGCUUCAGUGUGGUUGGCGAUAGACUCGCGCAGCUGAAGAUCAAUGACCGCAAGCUUCGUCACCGCGAGGGAGAUGUGGGCUCCAGCAACUACUCACCAGAGGCAUCCAUCAACGAGGACGAAGAAGUCGAUAUUGCGAGCAUAUCCGAGGUGUUGAGCGACGGCGGUAGGGACAAGGAAGACCCAGGACAAGCUCGUAAGACCCUUGACCCCAUCGAUGUGACUGAGGGCUCAGUUCCUAUCGCUUUAGGUUCCCCUGCCGUCAACCCGCGCAUCGUAGAGUACCUGACCUUCACCUCCGACGACUUGCCUACGAACUCGGUUGCACCUUGCUUCCCCUCCACACUCAUGAAGACAAGCACCGCGUCGAUUAAGACCAUCGUUGGCGGCAGCGACGGCGCUAGCUUGAAGAGCGAUGGCGUCACUGAGAAGAGCAACUGGGCUGAGGAGAUUGAAGACAUGGUCGACCGUACAUGCCUACGUCUCGAGCAGCUGGCCGACGAUGAGUGGAAGCGUGAUGGCAGCAAGAGCUUCGCCGAUUACUACGUCGCUCGCCUUGAGCGUCUGCUCAGCAGCGCUAAGCGCUCCGUACCCGUCAGCAUUCAGAAGAACAAGGAGACCCAGGAGUGA